AUGUCUAGAUCAGGGUAUGACGCGGUAGUCGAUAUCGACGAUGAGGGCGACCUUGGACACACCGAUCUUCAAGAGGAUCUCGAAUUCCAUACCUCAAACUUCGACGACUCAGCUCAUGGCUCCCGCAAACCCCCUUCCGCCGGCUUGCCCCCUCCAGCCACGGCCUCCUCUUCUGGUUCUUCGAAGCGCUUCUUGUGGUCAAUUUCCUUCUACGCACAAUUUUUCGAUGUCGAUACUUCUGCCGUGCUGUCCCGCUGCUGGGCUGCGCUCUGGCCCCGCGCCAACUUCCUAGAUGUGCUUGAAGGCAACCCCGACCUCUACGGACCAGUCUGGAUUGCCACCACAGUGGUUCUGAUUCUCUUCCUCGGAGGCACUGUAAGCCAGUACCUCUCUGAAACAGAUAAGGCCAAGUUCGCAUACGACUUUAGGCUUCUCAGUGGUGCCGCGGGUCUCAUCUACGGCUACACUUUGUUCAUCCCAAUUGGCCUCUUCCUCGCCCUGCGAUACUUCGGCAGCGAGCUUGCCAACCUCCUCGAGUGCUGGGCCCUAUACGGCUAUGCCAACUUGAUCUGGAUCCCCGUCGCCAUCAUCAGCUGGUCUCCUAUUAGCAUUCUGAACUGGGUGUUUGUCGGCGUCGGCUUUGCCGUAUCUGUCGCCUUCCUCCUCCGAAACCUGUAUCCCGUUCUAAGCGCCACGGACCACCAAGUCAGCAAGGUCCUUCUCGUCGUCGUGAUUGUGCUCCACGCCGGUCUUACCCUCGCCAUCAAGAUCCUGUUCUUCGCACACGACAGCCCCGUGGCACAGACCCCGUCGACCCCUGGAGGCGGAGACACGACCACCCCCGACCAGGCCGCUGAUAACUCCACCGCCGCUAUGUUCUUCUAA